AUGAAACGAAAAGCUCAAUUUAUCACAGCCUGUAAUGCUACGCACUAUGGUCUGUUCUGUGCCAACACAUGCAGCUGUAACCUAAACAACACAGUUGAUUGCAAUGACACCACAGGAGAAUGUUUGUGUGCAGCUGGUUGGAAUGGCACUACUUGUGAUGAAGAUGUCAAUGAGUGCCUUAAUGACAGCUACUGUCCUGAUUACAUGGAAGUUUGCUUUAAUUUGGUGGGGUCUGCAGAAUGCAGGUGUGAGAUUGGUUUUCAAAGAUCACUUAUUGACCUGCACUGCCAAGCUUGUAAUAACACAUUCUUUGGGUAUGAAUGCUCAAAUUCUUGCUCAUGUGUUAUGGAGAAUACAGUGGAUUGCCUGGACAAUACAGGAGAAUGCUCAUGUCUCUUUGGGUGGAAAGGCAUUAACUGUGAAACUGAUAUUGAUGAGUGUAAAAAGACUGACUUUUGUUCUGACAUCCAUGCUAGCUGCUUUUACUUAAAUGGAUCUGCAGAAUGUAGGUGUGAUAUUGGAUAUGAGAAUUCUACCACUGAUGAAAGCUGCCAAGCCUGUAAUGCUACUCACUAUGGUCUGAACUGUGCCAACACAUGCAGCUGUAACCUAAACAACACAGUUGAUUGCAAUGACACCACAGGAGAAUGUUUGUGUGCAGCUGGUUGGAAUGGCACCACUUGUGAUGAAGAUGUCAAUGAGUGCCUUGAUGCUAGCUACUGUCAUGGUUACAUGGAAGUUUGCUUUAAUUUGGUGGGGUCAGCAGAAUGCAGGUGUGAGAUUGGUUUUCAAAGAUCACUUAUUGACCUGCAGUGCCAAGCUUGUAAUAACACAUUCUUUGGGUAUGAGUGCUCAAAUCUCUGCUCAUGUGUUAUGGAGAAUACAGUAGAUUGCCUGGACAAUACAGGAGAAUGCUAUUGUCUCUUUGGGUGGAAAGGCAUCAACUGUGAAACUGAUAUUGAUGAGUGUAAAAAGACUGACUUUUGUUCUGACAUCCAUGCUAGCUGCUUUUACUUAAAUGGAUCUGCAGAAUGUAGGUGUAAUAUUGGAUAUGAGAAUUCUACCACUGAUGAAAGUUGCCAAGAACUUGUCAUUCGUAUUAUUGUGUUUUAUUAG